AUGGCAAAACCUGAUUUUACCACCUAUGGUCAUCUUCUCCUUGUUAUCAGCCUCAGUUUCAGUCCCAAUGGCUUAUUAUUGGCAGUCUCUUCGGAAGAAUCAAAAGACGCAACUGAUGACGCUUUUGUUCAUUGCCUGACGAACCACGCCGAUUCCCCAUUUAAAGGCCAAGCAUCAUCAAAAAUAUUGUUCGCUCAAACUGAAAACACUCCCUCCUACGCCUCUCUUCUUCGAGCCUACAUUCGUAAUGCUAGGUUCAAUGCCUCCUCUACUCCUAAACCCUCCAUUAUUUUGACCCCUUCGCAAGAAUCCCAUGUUCAGGCUGCAGUAAUUUGCGCCAAAAACAACUCGAUUCGACUCAGAAUCAGGAGUGGUGGCCAUGACUUCGAAGGGAUUUCUUACACCUCUGAUGAACCCUUCAUCCUCAUUGACCUUUCCAAUCUUCGAAGUGUCACUGUGGAUAUACAGAAUGAAAUUGCGGUGAUUCAAGCUGGUGCUACGCUUGGUGAAGUGUACUAUAAGAUUUGGGAGAAAAGUAAAGUUCAUGGGUUUCCUUCUGGGCUUUGUCCAACUGUAGGUGUUGGUGGUCAUCUCAGUGGAGGAGGGUACGGCAAUAUGCUGAGAAAAUAUGGGCUUUCUGUUGAUCAUAUUAUUGAUGCUCAAAUUGUUGAUGUUAGUGGUAGAAUUCUUAACAGAAAAUCAAUGGGGGAGGAUCUUUUUUGGGCUAUAAGAGGCAGUGGAGGAGCAAGUUUUGGAGUUAUUCUGUCAUAUACAGUUAAGUUGGUUCAGGUGCCAGAAAUUGUUACGGUUUUCAGGAUUCAAAGGACCUUGGAAGAGAAUGCCACUGGUCUUGUUUUUCAAUGGCAGCAAGUUGCUCCUCAUACGGAUGAUAGGCUUUUCAUGAGAUUGCUCUUGCAGCCUGUGACUGUGAAAUCUGACUCUUCUAAAACGAAAACCAUCAGAGCUUCAGUUCUGGCUUCAUUUCUUGGGAGGGCUGAUGAACUUGUCAAGCUGUUGGAGAAGGAAUUUCCUGUAUUGGGUUUGAAGAAGCAAGAUUGUCUUGAGAUGAGUUGGACUGAUUCAAUGAUAUGGUGGUUUGGAUUCGAUAAUGACACCAAAGUGGAUAAACUGCUUGAUAGAAAUCCUGACUCAGCAUGGUUCCUCAAAAGAAAAUCUGAUUAUGUGCAGACCCCAAUUCCCAGAGAUGGGUUGGAAUAUAUAUGGAAGAAGAUGAUUGAAUUGGGAAAAACAGGGUUUGUUUUCAAUCCCUAUGGAGGAAAAAUGAAUGAGAUUUCAUCUGAUGCGACGCCUUUUCCUCAUCGUGUAGGGAAUCUGUACAAAAUUCAGUAUUCAAUAAACUGGUAUGAGCCUGGAGAUGAAGCAGAAAAGUAUUACACAACUCAGAUUAGACGACUAUAUAGUUACAUGACACCAUUUGUGUCUAAGAAUCCAAGGAGGGCAUUCAUUAAUUACAGGGACCUUGAUAUUGGCAUCAACAAUUUUGAUAAGAAUAGCUAUGAAGAAGGGAAGGUUUAUGGGGUCAAGUACUUCCAUAACAAUUUUGAGAGGCUGGUGAAGAUUAAGACAGCAGUGGAUCCAGAAAACUUUUUCAGGAAUCAGCAGAGUAUCCCAGUAUAUUCAAGAUUGGAGUCUCAGGCUGGUAAAAUAUUACAGUCAAGCCUAUGUGUGACGCUAAUGGUGGGGGUCAUUAGCUCACUUGUCUUCUGUUAGAUUAGAUCAUUAACUUCAAUUAUAGGCCCCCUUUCAAUUUGUUUGUAUUACUCCUCCCAUCCUAAAUAUAAGACCCGCUUUAUAGUGUAAAUUAUGCUACAAAAUGGGUAUUAUAUUUAGGACUGGAGGAACAUAUAAUUACUUCCUAAUUCCCAGUAACAGCAACAUACCCUUCUUAAUUCCCAGUAACAGCAAUAUACCUGAGAAUGAAAUUUCUGCGCAAAUUUGCAUGUAAUGUAUAAAUUAUUUUAUAGUCAUGUGUAAUGUAUGGAAAUGUUAACUUCCACCCUAGUUCUGUGAGGUUAGCAAACUGCUCAUUUGUGCAAGAUUAUCAUUAAUUUUAUCGUAUAUAUUUA